AUGUCAGGACCGAGACCUGUAGUACUGAGCGGCCCAUCCGGCGCAGGGAAAAGCACUCUGCUCAAAAGGCUGAUGAAGGAAUACGACGGCGUGUUCGGGUUCAGUGUCUCACAUACAACCAGAAAUCCUCGUCCUGGAGAAGAAGAUGGCAGAGAUUAUCACUUCACCACCAGAGAGAAGAUGCAGGAAGGGAUCAACGACGGAGACUUUAUAGAGAACGCCGAGUUCUCGGGGAACAUGUACGGCACCAGUAAAUCCGCUGUGGAGGACGUCCAAGCUCAGAACCUGAUCUGCAUCCUGGAUGUCGACCUGCAGGGCGUGAAAAACAUCAAGCAGACUGACCUCAACCCCAUCUACAUCUCCAUCCAGCCUCCGUCCAUAGAGAUCCUGGAGCAGCGUUUGAGAGAUCGGCAGACGGAGACGGAGGAAACCUUACAGAAGCGUUUGGAGGCGGCUCGGAUGGACAUGGAGCUCAGUAAAGAACCAGGAGUCUUCGAUAUGGUGAUUAUUAACGAUGAUCUGGAUGAAGCCUACGAGAAGCUCAAACGUGCUCUUAUUGAGGAAAUUCAGAAGGUUCAAGAUGCCCAAAAGUAAGACAGAAAACAUUGAUCCUGUCGUCGUCAGAAUGGAUGUGCAGCCUUUCCUCAGCUUCUAGCAGACUGUCGGGAUGCAAAUCAGUCCAUUUCUAAUUAUAUUUAUUUAUUGUAUUUAUUUAAACAUGAUCAUCCCCACAUCACAUAAAUGGUUUGUUCAGGCUUUCACAUAAUUAAUAUAACUUUUUUAUAUGAAAUGAGUCUGGUAUGCUAAU